AUGUCAGCUUUCCAGAACAUCACAUCCUCUCCUGUCAUCUUCCUGCUAACUGGUGUUCCUGGGCUGGAAGCCUUCCACACCUGGAUCUCCAUUCCUUUCUGCCUUCUCUAUGCAACUGCCCUCUCGGGGAACAGCCUGAUUCUCUUCAUCAUUAUCACUCAGCCCAGCCUCCACGAACCCAUGUAUUAUUUCCUCUCCAUGCUGUCCACCACUGACCUCGGGCUGUCCAUAUCCACACUGACCACCAUGUUGGGUAUAUUCUGGUUCAAUGCCAGGGAGAUCAGCUUCAAUGCCUGCCUGUCCCAGAUGUUCUUUAUUAAACUGUUCACUGUCAUGGAAUCCUCUGUGUUGUUGGCUAUGGCUUUUGAUCGUUUUGUGGCCAUCUCUAAGCCCCUUAGGUAUGCUACUAUUUUAACUGAGUCCAGAAUAGGUAACAUUGGGGUGGCAGUUGUCAUCAGGGGGACCAUAAUGCUCACACCAAUGGUUGCACUUCUUAAACGACUCUCCUUCUGCCACAGCCGUGAGCUCCACCACUCUUACUGCUUCCAUCCUGAUGUGAUGAAGCUCUCAUGCACAGACACCAAGAUCAACAGUGCAGUUGGGCUGACUGCCAUGAUUUCUACUGUUGGUGUGGACUCAGUCCUCAUCCUCCUUUCCUAUGUUUUGAUCAUUAAGACUGUCCUCAGUAUUGCCUCCCCAGAGGAGAGGAAGAAGUCCUUCAGCACAUGUAUCUCCCAUAUUGGGGCUGUAGCUAUAUUCUACAUUCCACUGAUCAGUCUGUCCUUUGUUCACAGAUUUGGAAAGCGAGCCCCACCUUAUCUGCAUACCAUGAUUGCUAACACUUACCUGCUGAUCCCUCCUGUAAUGAAUCCCAUCAUCUACAGUGUGAAAACCAAGCAGAUACGCAGAGCUGUAAUAAAAAUUUUCCACUCUAAAGAAACAUAG